GUUAAUAUCAUUCUUAAUAAGUCAUCUUAAAAAUGUAAUAACUCAUUUAAUAUCCAACAAUUUAAAUGAUCAAUCUAUAAUCAAGACAAUGUUAAAAUGUGAAAAAAGUGCUCUAAAAUUUGUUGGUACAAUAAACGGUUACUCAACUGGUUCACCGCCACAAAAACAGCUGUUAAAGCAUAAACUCCUCAAAGGUUUAGUGUUAAUUGUUUUAAUUCGUGCAACUUUUCUUGUUCUGAUUCCAUCAACUCCUGAUUGUGAACUAUGCAAUACAAUUAGUUUAUUUCUUGGUGACAAUACAAGUUGCUUCCCAAAACGCAAUUUACUGGCCAUUAUGCUCUUACUAGCCGUCAUUUGUUUAUCCAUGAUGUUCACCGAUUGCCACCGUCCCUUUGAAAAAUCAACUGUUUCAUUUUUCCAUAUUUUUACCAUUAUUAUGUCCACUUCAUCAAUCUCAAAUCACUUGCUGGACAUUAAUUUACAUUCUAGUCAAUUUCAAUUACGCCUGUUAUUGAAAUCAAUGGCUUUAUUUCAAACUACUUGCUACAUGUUAUCUUCUGGUUAUGUUAUCUUCUUCUUCAACGGUUCAUUCAAAUGUUUGCCUGGUCAAUAUUUGUCUUUACAAACAUUUUGUCAGAUAUUUUGGGUAGUUAUGAACUCUAUAGCCACAACUACUUCGAUAUUCAGUUCAAUUUGGUUUUAUUUUCACGCUUUGAUCUAUUUUUUGUACAUUUUGUUGCGCCUCAAAGAGUUGAUUCUCAUUGAAGAUUCAACCCAAACAAACAUAGCUUCAAGUAGAGUCUAUCGUAUCAACUGGAUUGCUAAAUGUAAUGCUAUUUUUAACAACAUUGAAUCUGGUAAUCGGGAAAUAAGAUCGAUGGCUUUGACAACCUUUUCCUCUUUGGCAUUAUUUAUUAAUUUUACUUUAUUUGUUUGUUUCAUUGUUGGAGUUGAUGAUCCAAUGGUCAGAUGGCCAAUUCUUAUACCAGUUACUCUAUCAUUAAUCGGAAUCAUCAUCUUUGUUCGCAUACUUGUUGUCGAUGCCAAUAACAAAAUCGAUAGACUAACGUUAAUAAUAUAUCGAUUGGCACGUAAUUCAACUAAACUGACUGUAAAGAUAAAGUCUCUAACAACAAUAGAUCGUUUAACAACCAAACCCAUUGGGUUUUACAUUGGUGAAACAUUUAGAAUUGAAUCUUUGGUUCUUUUGAAGAUUAUUUUUGAAAACAUUACAAUUUUUCUGCUUCUCAUCGAUGCAUUCAAGAAACAGACAUGAUGAUCCCAAGAAUCAAAAGAAUUGACUUUGUCCAAAUUUCAUAGUCGAUGCCAACACUCAGCCUGAUAGACUUGAAAUUCCUGGAAAUAUAUAAAUCCUGAUAAAUUAGCUGACCAGUCAGUCUCAUGUAACAAUUGAACAACAAUGGUUACAUUUGAACUUGUAUUUGGCUUCAUUUGAUUCAAUCUUACUGAAGCCUCUUCUUUCCUGCUCAACCCUUUCAAUGCACUCUUUGUAUCAAAAGUUUUUACUCUGGUACGCUGUAUCCUGGGAGUUAUCAUGUAAAAAAUGAAGGAAAGAAGAUGAUAAAAGCGAAGGAGAAGAAAAGGAAGAUAGAAUUGGAAAGGAUGGAAACUGUCACAUUCAUUUGAUUAAAGUUGACUCAAUAGCUUGAUUGAAGUUGAAUGAAGCAAAACAUGCUCAUAAGGGAAACAAACAAAGUGUUAUGUUGAUGGGUUUGCUUUAAUAAAAUUCAAUAGAAGACAAGAUAAAAUAAAAGGAAAAUGAAGUUGAUAAUAUGUACGAGAUGUAGAUGAAAAGUAGAUGCUGAAAUUGUAAAAUAAAUAGUCAAACUCUUUUUUCGGUGAUAAAUUAACUGAGACAAUUUAACAUUAUAUCCAACGGGAGUCAAUACUAUUCAAGUCAAGAUUUGUGAUGAGAUGAUAAAAACAAAAAAGCAAAGGACAAAUGAAAGGCAGCAAAAGCAUAACAAUAAACUCUUCAAGACUUGAACAUGUUUAAGUAACUGACAAUUGAAUGAUGCUGAUCAUCAUUUUUAAUCACCAUCUUACAGCUUGAAAUAUUUACACUCUGAACCAUUUUGAUUACCAAUAAACAGCCUUUAAUGCUUGA